GGUAACCGGGGCCGGGCGGGGCGUACCGCUACCGAGCGCACCAUGCUCGGCGGGGGCUGGCGGAGCCUCGGUACCGCCCUGGCUGCGCUGGGAGCCGGGGCCUUGCUGCUCCGAGCCGGGGUGCGCCGGGCGUUUUAAGCUGACUCACAGCCCCAAGUAGUCACUGCCCCAGGCUGACCUUUGUCCAAGCUCUCUCUCCCUGUUCUGUUUUCCUGCCCCUUGAAAUCUCUCUGAUCAAGGUCCAGCACAGCUUCGAGCUGCCUUCCUGCAAACAGCGCACGAGCAGAGGAAAUCGAAGACGGUCACACAAACCAACAUGAAGGUGGAGAUACUUCCAGCGCUCACUGACAACUACAUGUACCUCCUCAUUGAUGAGGAAACGAAGGAGGCUGCAAUAGUGGACCCUGUGCAGCCACAGAAGGUUUUGGAUGCAGUCAAAAAGCACGGUGUGAAGCUCACCAGUGUCCUGACCACACACCAUCACUGGGACCAUGCUGGAGGAAAUGAGAAGCUUGUAAAACUGGAGACGGGGUUGCGUGUGUAUGGGGGUGACAGCAGAGUUGGAGCAUUGACACAGAAAGUGUCUCACCUUACAUCACUCAAGGUGGGAUCUCUUAAUGUGAAAUGCCUCUGUACGCCGUGUCACACUUCUGGACACAUCUGUUAUUAUGUGACUAAGCCAAAUAGCUCCGAGCCACCUGCAGUUUUUACAGGUGACACUCUGUUCGUGGCUGGCUGUGGGAAAUUCUUCGAGGGAACCCCUGAGGAAAUGUACAGAGCACUGAUUGAGAUUCUGGGCAGUUUGGAUCCUGAAACGAGAGUUUACUGUGGUCAUGAAUACACUAUCAACAACCUCAAAUUUGCUCGACACGUUGAACCCAAGAAUGUCAGCAUCCAGGAAAAGCUUGCUUGGGCCAAGGCCAAAUAUGACAGUGGGGAGCCAACCAUACCCUCCACCAUUGCAGAAGAGUUUACGUUCAACCCCUUCAUGCGUGUGAGGGAGAAGACAGUUCAGGAGCACGCCGGGGAGACCGACCCCAUCCGCACCAUGGGAGCCAUUAGGAAAGAGAAGGACAACUUCCGUGUCCCAAAGGACUGAGCACUCUGCCUGUGUCACUUUAUUGUCAUUUAAUGGUAAUUUAGACUGUUCAGAUGUUAUAGGAGUCUGUCUUGGUUCAGACAGUCCUAUUUAGGUUUCUAGUUUGUUUUAAUUAAGGGAAAAAAAAAAAAAAAGCAAAAAGCACUUUGCCCUUGUUGAGAUAUUUGACAGCGUAUUUAUAUUAUGAUGAAGAAUAUUUAUCCCUCUGUUGCUGGCUCUCAAGCUGUUGCACGUGUCCCAUGCAGCUCAUUUUACAAGUGUUGGAGUGGGGAUGGGUCAGAUGUUGAGGCCCAGAACAAACCCCUGUUCUUGUUGCGGGCACCUGAUGUGGAUGCAGACUGUGGGGCUGUUUGAAGCCACGUUCACCAGCCUCCAUUUCAAACAGGAAUAAAACGCAGUAGCUGCGUUGCCAGCUGAAGGUUUCAACUUUGCUUCCAUGCCGCUGCUUCUUCCAAGUGCCGCUUCUGGCUGCAUUGAACUGCUUCUCAGUGUUGUAAAGCUGCAGGAACUAUUCCAGGUGGAGGUUGCACUGUUGCUUCUGCCCUUUGCUCUGUUAGCUGAAUCCUGCUUGUGUGCUCCUGAGCUGUGCUGUACUUGUAGCCAUACACGGAAAGGAAGAAGGGAUUUAUUUGUGUGCUGGGAGGUUCCAUUGGGAGCAGAUGCAGUGUGUGCUGCUGUGAUUAACCCCCAGUGCUGUGCUGAGCUCAUUACCACCUUCAUUCCACCUUGUGACCCGGCUCUGCUGUUCUAAAGUGGUGCUGUGUGAGCAGAGUGUGGCGGAGCAUCACUUCUUUAUUUGUUUAAAAUAAUAAUUUUUAAUGUAUUUCAGGGAAAAAAAAAAAAGAAAGAAAAAAGAAAGGUACCUAAAAUGUUACUGACUGAAAUGCUGUGCUGCUACAACUAAGCGUGACUGUACUGGUGGCUGUUUGACAAUAAACACAGCUGGAACAGUG